UUCUUCUUUUUUUUUAUGUGCCGUACACGUAACACGUACUACCACACACCAAUAUACGCCCUAGGUGGGCCGGGCGACCUAGGAAGAGGCGCGCGGCGAGGCCCAAUACAUUUCCCCGACGGCCCACGACCCCCACUCCCGUCGCUUCCAAGAGUCUCGAGGCACGAUCGCAGCCAGCAGGAUCGUGCGAGCCGGGGCCGCGACUCCGACUCCGACUCCGACCGGCGCAGCGGCGCCACCGCCUCCGCCGGCUGGCGUCUCCCGCCUCCGCCCUCCGACCAGCAAGCCGGACAGGUGGACUCAACACCGCCUCGGUCAUCGGUUCCGGUGUUCCCGAAUCCCGACCAGGUGCCGGCCGCCGGCGGCCCGCCCGGCCGAACCUCCGUCGGCGCCACCUCAGGCUCGGCGUCACACCUCCGCCGCCUUGAAUCCGCGCCCCUCCCGCCGGCUGCCGCGACCCUCUACCUCGGGGCCCCCACGCCCGCGGAUCCAAUUCCGAGGAUUAUCGAACUAGGAUGAGGAAUGUGGGCGUUGCAUACUUUGGACUUCAUAUGUUCAAACUGUUUGU